CACACCGUGCCGGUCGAAAUUUGCGACAUCCAAUCAUCUUUCUUAUUUCCGGUUCUCAUCACUCUCUUCAUCCCUCCAAAACCCUUUCUCUUCAAUUCCUUCUCUUCACUCUCUACCUUCUAAUUCCCCUAAUCGAUUCGCUUCUCUACUUAAUAGCUUCUUUUUUCAAAUUCCAUUUCUAGGGUUAGGGAUUCCUUCUUCCUAUCUAUUUCCCCCUUUUACUAUCCACUUCGAGUUUAAUUCGAUUACUGUCUUCAGAGUGGGAGCCCCGUCGAUUAUUCUCGUUCAAUGGAGGCCACGGCCGCCGCAGCCGCUGCUCGCGGCGUCUCUCUUCAGCUGCAGACUCCGCCUCGGAAAGAAUGGCGUGCUGUUGCUGAACAUCAUCAUUCCGCGAGAAACCCUGACGAUGAGGAGUUAGACAACCCAAAACUGGGACAAUCAGACGAGAGAACCAUAUAUGAGGUGCAGCAAGGAAGAGAGCAUUUGGAUGUUGAUUUUUGUUCGAUAACAAUGGAUGGAACAUUAGAUAAUGAUAUUUUACAGCAGCAAAUUCAUGCUGUUAUUAGACAAAGGCAUGAAAUACUGCAAAUGGAGAUUGAAUUAAAAGCUCAAAUGAUUGCCAGAUCCGAGGUAAUGGAAAUGCGAAGCACCUUUGAUGCUCAACUCAAGGAGCAUGCUAACAAUGCCAGCAAGUUUCAGGAUCAACUUUGUGAAAGGGAGCGCACAAUUCAUGAACUGGAGAGGAAAAUAGAAGAGAAAGACAGGGAGCUGCAUAGUAUUAAAUUAGAUAAUGAAGCGGCGUGGGCUAAACAAGACCUUCUCCGCGAGCAAAACAAAGAACUUGCAUCUUUCAGAAGGGAACGUGACCAUUCAGAAGCUGAAAGAGCUCAGCAUAUACAACAAAUACAUGAUCUGCAAGAACAUAUUCAAGAAAAAGAUAGACAACUUAUUGAGUUGCAGGAACAAAAUAGGGUUGCUCAAGAGACUAUUAUGUUUAAAGAGGAACAGGUUAGAGAGGCCCAAGCAUGGAUAGCUCGUGUUCGAGAGAUGGAUGUUUUCCAAUCAACAACUAACCAAUCAUUACAGGCUGAAUUGCGAGAGCGUACUGAGCAAUAUAACCAGCUUUGGAUGGGCUUUCAGAGACAGUUUGCAGAGAUGGAGAGACUUCAUUUGCAUGCUAUUCAGCAGUUACAGCUUGAGUUAGCUGAUGCAAGAGAGAGGAGUGGAACUUACAACGAUGAUGCUCGGAUAUCCCAAAUAAAUUCAAAAACUAAUGUAGCUCAGUAUGGACACGAAAAUGGAAACCAAUAUGACUUAAGUGGAGCCAAUGCUUCAGGUGGAAAUAAUGGCAUCCUUACAAAUGAAAGCUCCGAUAAUGGUCCCCCAUUUUCAACACCAGGCAAUUCGUCAAUCCAGACUGAUCAUGUUCAGGGUCUUGCUAUUGCUCCAUCAUCUCUGAUGGUCCCCCAUUCAUACCUCCCCCCUGGUCAAGUAACUGCAUUGCAUCCAUUUGUCAUGCAUCAACAAGGAGUGCCCAAUUCUGUUGCAUCACAUGUUCCUCAGGCUCAUGUUGGACAUUUUCAUCCAGUGCCCACAAUGUCACCUCUGCAACAGUGGCAAAAUCAACAGGCUGUUUCGGAGGGUUUGGAGGUGCCCAAACAGGAUGUUCCCUCGUCAUCCCAAGCUGAUCAAAAUCUGAUCAGAUCAGAUGCAAAGUUUAAUUAUGAAAUGUCUGUUAAUGGGCAAACUCUUCAUAGAGACUAUUUGGAUUCUCAUGCCCACCAAGGCCAGGAAGCACGAACUGUGAUUUCAUCAUCAUCAGGGAUGACACAGGUUCUUCAGUUGGUUGAUAAAGAUCAACUCAUUGCUUCUCAGCAAAGCUUACAACAAAUAUCUUCACAAUUCUCUGAUGCCUUAAGAUUGAACUCUUUUGAAUCUAAUGAUGAAAUGAAGGAGCAGAAUCCUGUGACAUUGUCUGACGAUGGAUCCGAGAACCAGAUACUGUUAGCUGAGCAAGCAAGUUCUGCUUCAAAUGCAUCAUCUGUUCCAAGUCAUUCAGUUAGUGAAAUGAUACAGAACAAUUCUGCUGAUUCGGUCUUGUCUGAAGCAUUUGCCUCUACUGUGAAGACAACUUCAACAACCAUUGCAAAGGCUCCAGAGACUGCUCUUCUUGAUGAAAGGUCACUGUUGGCAUGUAUUGUUCGCACUAUUCCAGCUGCUGGCCGAAUUCGAAUCAGUUCAACGCUUCCUAAUAGGUUGGGCAAGAUGCUUGCACCUCUGCAUUGGCAUGAUUACAAAAGGAAAUAUGGAAAGCUGGAAGAUUUUGUAACUAGCCAUCCUGAAUUAUUUUUGAUUGAGGGUGACUUUAUACAACUCCGCGUGGGGGCACAUAAAAUGAUAGCUGCAACUGCUGCAGUUGCGAAAGUUGCUGCAGCUGCUGCAGCAUCAUCUCCUUAUUCUUCAUAUAUGCCUACUGUAGCUGUUACACCAAUGGCUCAAUCUCAUCGUACAAAGAAAUUUCCUUCAACCGACUUAAAUAUGGGCGACAAUCCUCCUAAGUUGUCAGUAACACAGCAUCAACAAUCAAACGGUGCACGCUUCAGUGUUGCCGGAGGUCUGUCAAAUGUUACAAUUUUGAGUAAAUCCAAGGAUUCUCGUGAAAUGAAUGGUCCUGAAAAUAGUGCUGUCCAGUCUUCUGCAAAAGUAGCUGUUGGCAAUGGGGGAAGCCUUGACAGACCAAGUAUGAGCAAUGCCUCAAAUACAGGCCCAGCAAAUGGGAGGUCAACUGCUGCCGUGUACCCUUCUCGAAGAUAGAAAGAUGGAGGGGCAUAGAUUAUUCUGUGACGGCAGGAAGAGGAUGGAAACAUAUAUGGUCGUGUUUUACCUGUUUGUGGGAGAAUUUUUUUUGAAGCAUUGUCCCUUGUAAUCGUGUCCCGAGCACAAAUUAUGAUUUGAGUUGUCGAUGCUAUCCCAUUUUCUGUAGUAAUUUAUUUCUCCCAUGCAGUUUCAAUUAAGUGUGCUUCCGGUAAUUUGGGCCUUAUGCUGUGAUAUUCAUGCAUACAUUGCAUCUUUUAACUGGUUUUUUGUGAAUGCUUGAAAGAUUAAUCAAAGUAGCUAUCAUUUUCAUUUUGCCAGCA